GUGCAACUCAAGGGCCAAUGAUGGCUCCUGGGCAUCCUCCCUAACCACUAUUGCCACAGGCUAGCAGCCCCACAGCCAGAAGGCCUUUUUUGCAAGAGUGAUACUUCACUGUCCCCUGAAAGCUUGUAGAAGCCAACAGCAGUUAGGGGGCCACAAGACAAGACCGAUGAGGGCUCAAGUUCCACUGACAGUUGGCCAUGAAGUCACAAGGUUCUGGUAAGAAAAGGAAGGUUCCAGAAUAACCUGGAUGUAACUACCUGCCUUGGGAUUCAUUGAGGUGGCAAAAGUGUAAGUGCAAAAGCCCACUGCCUUAUACUCAACUGCUCCCUGAGGCCCACCACUUUCCCUCCCAACCCUAGUCUUCUCCCUGAAGUCCAUAGCCUCCCCUCCCAAUCCUCACCUUCUCUCUGUGGCCCAAAGCCUUCACUUCUAUCCCUAAACUGAUUCCCAAGCACUGCAGCACCUUGUGGUCUGGAUUCUUGGCCUCUCUCAGCCAGCCACUCAGCCACCCUGGCCUGAUGUCCAAGUCUGGGCAGCCCACAAGGGCAUGAUCCCAGAUCCAGAGCUGUAAGUGGCACUGCUGGUGAAGCCAUGUCAGGUAAGCUCUGGUGACAUGCAGAAUAACCCUGCUUCUGGAUCUCACAGGGUCUGCUAGUGGAAGCAAUGCCCUGCUGCCCAGCACUGUGUCCUCAGGGCCUAGACACCUCUUACCUAACCUCUCGCUGGACCAGACUGUAUGGCUCAUCAAGAGUCACUGAGCUCUGGGUGAUGUUGAGCAAGAGUUAUGGGAGCAAGUUUUCCUGAGCAUGAGCUCCCAAGGUGCCUCCUUCCAGAUCUGGCAGACAGCCCCUCACUAGGACUUUUGCCUUCACAGUCAAGCACUAUGACACUCGAGGACCUGGAGAUUCUCCUAACAGACGACCUACCUAAUCCUGAGCCCUUGAGUCUGGAGACCUCAGAGAGGUAUGAGGACCGUGGCCUGGCAUCCAUGUCCUCAGUCCCUGAGCAUGACACCCCUAAGCACUGGAAACAGCUGGAGCAGUGGGUAGCUGAACUGUAAGCUGAGGUGGUUCACCUUAGGGGACACAAGGAGUGCUGUGAGCAUGGCACACUGGGCCUGUUACAUGAGCUGCUGCAGAUGCGUGCCUGAGUGCAGUUACAGGUCUCAGAGCUGUAGCAGCUUCAGCAGGAAGUGCAACAGGCAGCUUGGAGUCCUGAGAAGAAGGCAUUAGAGUUCCCUGGGCCCCAAGGCCAGAACCAGAUGCAAGCCCUGGACAACAGGCUGGUGGAGGUCCGAGAGGCCUUGACACAGAUCAGGAGGACACAAGCCCUACAAGACUCAGAGCGGAAAAGUUGCGAACAGGAAAUGAACCUCAGGCUGGCCAAGUUGACUGGCUUGCUGAGGCAACAGGAGCAGGGCUGGGAGGCAGCCUGUAACACCCUGCAGAGGAGCCAAGAAGACACCAGCCAGAAGGUGGACCACGAGGCACAGUUAACCAAACUCGGUGAGGAGAUGAGCCUUCGCUUCUUAAAGAGGGAAUACAAGCUGUGCAGUUUUCUACAGAAGAGCUUCCUGGCUUUAGAGCAGAGAAUGAAGACCUCAGAAAGCACAUGGCUGAGGGCAGAAAGCAGCCUUCGAGAGGAGCUGGAAGGCCGCUGGCAGAAGCUGCAGGAGCUGACAGAGGAGCGUUUGCUGGCCCUAUGGGAUCAGCGUGAGGAAGAGGAAGGCCACCUGCUGGAGGAGUGCCGGGGUCUGGACAAGGCUGUGGUUCAUCUGACCAAGUUUGUGCGGCAGAACCGGGUGUCAAUGAACCGUGUCCUACUAGCUGAGCAGAAGGCUCGGUGGUUUUGGCCCCAACAUGCCAAGGUCAGCUUGGAGGAGACCCAGGCUGGGGAGCUGGCCUCCUACAUCCAUGAGAAUCUGGAGGCUGUGCAGCUAGCUGGCAAGCUGGCCCAGCAGGAGACACAGGGUGUAUUGGCAAUGCUCCAAGAGAAGAGCCAGGUUCUAGAGGGGUCAGUGGCAGGGCUUGACCAGCAGCUGAAGGACCUGAGUGACCACUGUCUAGCUCUGAGCUGGAGGCUGGACUUGCAGGACCAGACACUAGGUCUGAAUCUGUCCCAGGCACAGGCUGAAUGGAAAGGUAUGGAGAGGGAGUCCCUGAAGGACCUGGCCCAGUGGCUGAAGGAGGUUGUAGCUCACCUGCAGGAGGUGCAAGAGAAAAUGAACAGCCUCCCCGGCAGAUAGAAAGUGUCUCAGAUAAAUAAAUGUGUUCUCCAAAAGAGUGAUAUGGACCUGAAGAUCUCCGCCAAGGGCAAGGCCAGGGAAUCUGAGGUUGAGUCAGUGUGGCAGGAGCUGCCUAUCCUGAUGCUGUCUGUGCACCUGCUGAAGGAGGAAAACCCUGGAUGGAAGAUUGCUGAGAUCCAAGGCUAGCUGGUCACGUUUCAGAAGCAAAUGAUAAAGUUGGAGAACAGUCUCCAGACCAAUAAGACCAUCCAGAACCUGAAGUUUAAUACUGAGACCAAGCUGCGCACAAAGGAGAUUGCAACCCUGCGUGAGAGCAUGCUGCACCUGUGGAGUGAGGAAGGCCCCUGGCUGCUGACACUGGGCAGCAAGAGGGUUUUCAUGUCCCUGGUGAGGCAGCAGUUCUUCAUUAAGGACAUGGCCCUGGGCGAGCUGAUCCCUAUAAACUGCUGGGGCAUGUAUCAGGCUGUGAGGUGGCUUCAGUGGAAGGCAGUCCUUAUGAACCUAGUGGCCCAGCGGAGACCAGGAGCAGUCUUGGAGAUGUCCCAUUGGAAGCUUAAACCCCAAUUCAAGUCUCCGACCCUGCCCCAGAAAUAAAUGUGCAAGUCCUGUACUUGUUGG